AGUCUCUUCACGGAAUGUUUCAUCUGCGAGCUCCCACUUAUUUGAUUCACCAAUAAUCUUCUUGCACUCUUUUCGGCAAUCGUUUGGGCGCAAUUUUCUUAAUUGCUUUUUUCCUUUGGAGAAUUUGCAGUUAAUAUUCUAGAUUAAUCGCAGCUUCUACGUCUCAAUAACUCAAGGGAGUGUCUUAAACCGCCAUUGACCUUCCCUGCGGACUCGCCGUCUGCAGUAUUUCGCUUCACCCUGUCUACCGAUCCUAAUCAGGGCGACCUUCCGGGGUCUGCCGUUACAACAGACAUACCAAUCGAGGGUUUCCUAAGCCGCGACUCCGCCAUGUCGAGCUCUUCCUCAAUCGCUGCGAUCGCGAACGCCCCGCGACAUGUUCGCUCUAGAACCCAAAGCAUCUCGAGCGACCGUCCAUCGACAGUCGGCCACAAUCUAAUGUCGCCCCCUCUCUCUGUGUCGCCCGAGGCAGUAUACAUUGCGGCGUCCGCUGCCUCGCAAAUCGUCACUAAUGACCAUGAUAGUCACUCUGAAUCGUGGUACGACCAAAUGGGCAUCGAGCCCUCGGAGGAAACUGCCUUAGUUUCACAACAUGCCCUUCAACUCGCUAAUAACUUCGUUGACCAACUCCUGUUUAAUAUUAUCGGUGCAGCUAAGUCUACUGCACUUUCAGCGUUGCGCCCGGCCGUUGCCGACGUAUUAAAGCCGAAACUUGCUAAGGAUGCUAUCAAUAAUGCGGAAGAAGAGCUUCGUGAAUACCUGGGCGGCGGUGAAGUAGAGGAAUUGGCGCAAUCUCCAAGCAAGCAGGCCCCUAGCGAUUGGGAUCUUGAGCUAGUAUGGAAAAGAACGAGAUUACGAUGCAUGGUCUAUUCUUCUCUUGGUGAUAUGGAAGAGGAGGAUGAAGACUACUACAUGGAACAGGAGCAUCUCAGGGGCGAGUCUGACGAUAUUCUAACGGAUAUCAUAUCCCCUGCAGUUGCUAUAUUUUUAACAUCGAUUCUUGAAUUUAUGGGUGAACAAGUCCUGGUCAUCGCUGGGCAGGCGGCGUUCAACCGAUUACGUGUUAAGUAUGAAAAGGAAGUGAAAGACGGCAUUCGAAUGCCUGGAGAGUUCUUUGAUCGCAUUGUUGUCGAAGAAUUGGACAUGGAACGUGUGGCUUUAGACCGGACUCUAGGCAGGCUCUGGCGUUCCUGGAAGAAGAGAAUUCGAUCGCCAUCGGAACCCAACUACUCUCGACCGUUCUCCCGUAGCUCAACAGGUGCCUCCGGAUUGUCGGCGCAACGUCGCGGAAGCGCUGCGACAGAUCAUGUUCUAUUGCAGCCGACUCCUAGAGAUUCCGACCCCGCGCUUGUGUUACAAGAGGAACAAGAUGGCGAGGAAGACAGCGAGGGAUCGAGCCAGAAAUCGGAUCCGAAGAAAACGAGUCCAGCCGAUCUGCCUUUACCGGAUAGCGAUGUCGAAGCCACAUACAGCGACGAAGAAUCCGAGGAAGAGGGAGAUGGGGUUGUGCGACCGAAGAGUCUAAUAGUCCUUUCUAAACACGCAAAGGUCGAAUUGGCAUCUCUCGGCACUUCGGUGCCUUCCAGUUCAAUUCGACGAGCACGCUCUCUUCCUUCGCGCAGACGGCCCCGAUACCCUUCUCCGCCGACGUCCAGCCGCGGAGUCAAUUCGCAGGAACCCAAUGGAGUCGAACAAGGUGGGCAAGAUAGCUCGACAACUGCCACAUCUACUGGGGGUCAAACCGGCGGCGCGAACGCAAGCGAGGGUUCCGACCAAAUUCGAGAUAAAGUUAAGAAGAUAGGGGAGCUAAAGGCAGUUGACGGUAAAAUGCCAAAGAUCAAUACCAACGUCACAUCUACGGCGUCGCCUGCGCUUAGUAGCAAAACCCCCCAGGCUGAAGCUGGAGAAGACGAAAUCGACGAGUUUGCCGAAGAGCCCGAGAUCUUGACAUCAUCACGUGUAUCAAUCGGAGGGAGAAGCUCUCCUGCUACCUCAGAGUCUGGGAAGCCUGCGCCUCUUAUACAGGGGCGAUCUAAUAGCGUGCGCUCAGUGCGUGUUAUUGAGGUGCAAAGCCCUCGCAGCCCGACUGCUGGUUCUGGUUCGCGGACAAGUUCGCUGGAUGUGCAAGAUCCAGCCCUGUCUUCUCGAAGUUCUCGAAGAAUCUCCACUCCACCCAUCGCCGAAGAGAACGACACAAAUCUGCCAUCUCCAAGUAAGAGAAAUGCCGUUGUUAUUCAGCCGUCAUUCGAAGAGUCUCAAAACAUUACCCCUGUUACAUCUCAACCUGCUCGAAACCCCAGCCCAUUGCGAAGCGUUCAUUCACAGCCGUCGUCCCAAUUGUCUGUACCGACUAAAGUAUCGAUUGUGAGUGGUCCUGAGGUAGAAGGACCCCCGGAGGAAAGGCCUAUGCCCUUCAAAUCCACCAGAAGCCCCCCAUUACCGACCUUGCCCGAAAGAACCACAAGUCGUCCAAUGUAUGGACGAUCAAUCUCGACAGGUACUGCGUCGGAUAGGUCUGCUAGGCGGGCUUCGCCUGAAUCGCCCAAAACAUCGCGCCCUCCACCCAGUGACUCCCCCUCUUCUACGUCGACCAAAUUCAAAACGGUUCGCACUUCUGAAGACGGCCGACGCUCAGAAGAUAGAGCUCGUGAUUUUGAACAGCUUAUCCACAGUAAUGAAACUCUACAAUACACACUUACGCCAGAAAACAUGCGUGAUAUUGAUUCCAACUCAUCCCAGCACAAUGGGAGUCCCAAACUUUCCAAUAGGUUCCAAAGGAGUGAGGACGCCAAAUACGCCGAGCGCUCACGAUCUUCAUCCAUUAAGAGAUCUGUGUCAGUCACGAAGGGAACCAGUCUGGGCUCCCAUCCACCUACGGAUCUACCUAUAGGCGCCAAAUUGUCAGGAUCGAUUUCGAACCCGCCUAUUUCAAUCCCGCCAAAGGGUCGAUCGGCCUUCGCGCCUCAAGCGAGAGAGGCUCGAAUUCCUCGCGAGUCGUUGCAAGACUUUGCCGACUUCAUUAGGUCCACAGGGCCUCCUGGAGAGCAUAGCGCGCAAUACAAUCGGGGCCCUAUGGGUCCACCACCUCCGACUGCUCGUAGUGCAACGGGACCCACUCAUGUUGCGAAGGGUAGAAGUGCGAGCAUUGAUAGCCGGAAGACCAAUAUGACCUCACGGUCCCACCUUCAAGCUAGAGACGCCGCCGUUAGCCCUGCUAGCGAAAAUUCUGAUCUCAUUGAUUUUAUUAGACGAGGCCCACCUAAUAACAAUGGAGGUAACCCUCGAAUUCCUCGCAACGUGGCUCCUUUCCGAUCUACCAUGGAUUCGGAUCAAAUGCAGAUGACCGGCGCUGUAGGAGGUAAAGCUGUCGACGCUGUUAUCCCUAAUAUCCGCAACAGUGAAGCUUCCACUAAUAUCACAGAGAUUUCGGCCCCUUCAUCAAUGAACUCGCAGAGCGCUCUUCUGAGCAAAGCAAACAAGAUGCAACAAUAUUCUGGUAACAAUUUUGAUGACGAUGAUAUGAUGCCAAAACGAACACGAAGACGGGUUCGUGACCCUUACGCGAUCGACUUAAGUGACGAAGAGGACGACUUUUUGGAUGUGUUACCUAAGCCGAAGGUGAAGCAGGAAGAGAGUUUGAUCGACUUCCUCAACAGCUGCCCACCUCCCCCCGAGCCAACUCCGCAACCCGUUUCGAUUCCAAAGAAGAAGUCUAGCGCACCGAAUCUAAUAGCACGCUUGAGAUCAGGCGGAAGCUCUAUUAGCAAAUCAUCAAAUGGAAACCCUCGGGGAUUCGCUAAUGAUACACGAUCUCUGAAUAGCCGGGCUGGCAACGGCAAAGGCUACACGCCAAUUGUUAUCCCUUCGGUCCCUCCUCCGAGCAAUGAGAAAUUUGGAAACGACAUUAGGCCAUCACCAAUCACCCCUGCUUCCAUGGGUCGUGUCCCAAUGAAGAAGUUCGAGCCACGAGAGGCUGUUUCUAACAGCCGUACGUCGGACUUGGCCGAUUUCCUACGCGAUUCCGAACCACCACCACAACAGAUGGCGUCGCUCCCAUCUCCUACCGAGACCAAGAGCAACGGGUUUUCUCGUAUGUUCGAACGACGCAAGAAGUCCACAGCUUUUUAGUCAAUUUUGACUUCAUACCAAAUCUUCAAUGUACAAAUUUAUCAUUUACAUCAAGGAAUCUGCAAAUACCAUGGAAACAAAAAUCUAGAGCUGGGAAGGGUGGAGCUUAGCUAAGAAGACGUUAGCUUUUUAGACCGAUGAAGUAUUGACCAUGUCGGUCACGAUCUUAUUUGUAUACCUGCAGUCGAUACCAGAUAGCUGCUCCUGUUUUCUCCAUUAUGCCUAAGUAUUGGGUCGACU